GGAGUGAUGCAAUGGACGAAGACGACGACGACGACGACGACAUGGUGCAAGAUGGUUGAUGGCCCAAAAUGUGAUCUACCGAGUCCAGUCAAGAUCUCGCGCGAUUUGUUGCCCACCGCACGCAAACAGUUUAUAAAAAGCUCAAGAUUCCUCAUUUCAAACAUUUUCUUUCCAACGUUGCUUUCCCCCAAUCCUCUUCGUCAAGCAAUUGUCAUUUACAGAGUUGACCAGAGACUUGUUUUCGCCUACCAGUAACAACGUCCGUAACUUUUUCAUCAUGACCACUCCAUUCUACACAAACCUCGUUACCCAACUCGUCUCCCUCCUCGACCCUUCCCUCCCCAUUACCUCCAACCUCGCCAACACCGCUGCUCUCCUCUACCAUGCCUACCCUCCCACCCGCAACAUCAACUGGGUCGGUUUUUAUCUGACGGGCACACACAAGGCCGCAAAACCCGAUACACUCUACCUAGGCCCUUUUCACGGGCAAGUCGCAUGUACGUUAAUCCCAUUCUCAAAGGGUGUGUGCGGUAAAGCGGCGAGAGAAAAGGCAACAGUGGUUGUUCCCGACGUGCAUGCAUUUCCGGGACAUAUUGCAUGUGAUUCCGCCAGUCAGAGUGAGAUUGUUGUCCCGGUUGUUGUUGACGGGGUUUUGGUGGGGGUUUUGGAUGUGGAUUGUAGGGAUGUUGGGGGAUUUACUGAGGAGGAUCGGGUAGGGUUGGAAGAGGUCGUGCGAGUUGUGCGUGAGCAAGGUGGGUGGUGAGAGUGGUGCGCCCGCUGGGAACGCUGUAGAGUUUUUUAGAAGACGGCCACACUAUGCGCAACGUCACUAGCACAGCACAUAGAUGUUUGAUAGAAACGAGUACGAAUAAAACUGUUUAGACUUGCAC